AUGAAAUUUUUUUGCAUAUUUAUUUCUUGUUUUAUAACUAUAUCUAUAAUUAAAAAUCAACACAUAAAUCAGGAUAAUAAUUUAAAUGAGGUUCAAGAGAACAUAACAAAUGCCGAAACGAAUGAAGGAAAAAAUGGAAAUAAAAAAGUUAAGAAUGUGAAUGGAAAGGAAGACAAUACAAAUAAAAAAGACGAAGAUAAAUAUAAAGAUGAUUUAAAUAAUUUUUAUGAUAAUAAAUAUACAAAUGAUGAAAGUAACAUAGAAUAUAUUGAUGAUGAUAAAACAAAUAUGACACCAUAUAUUUCUCUUGAUGAAAAAAUUGAAGAAAUGAAAAAAGAAAGUCUAAAUUUAAAAUUUGGUGAUGAUUUUAAACAUGUUAACGAAGAUUCAGUAAACAUGGAAUCACAGGGAAAUGAUGAAAAUUAUGAAGCAACGAAAAAAGAUUCUAACAAAGUUUCAUUAAAAGACAAUAAUGAAGAACUUAUGAAUAACACACCAUUGAAAAAAGAAUCUGAAAGUAAAAUUUUUUUUGAUAAGAACGAACUAAAGGACAUACAUAAAUUUGAAGAAGUGGGAGAUAAUAAGUAUAUAUUAGAUUUAGAAAAAAAAUUAAUUAAUAUGGAAAACAUAGAAGAAAAUGAAAAUGAAAAUAAAAAUAAGAAAGGUAAAAUAAAUCAUAUAAAAAAUAUGAAUGAUAUAAAGAAAAUAAAUAAAAAGGAAGGAAAUAACAAGGUAAAAAAGAUAAAAGAAAAAGAAAACUCUAAUAACGAAGAGAUAGACUUAGAAUAUAAAAAAAAUAGUAACAUUACAACAAAUAACAAUGAUGAUAAAGGUAAAUAUGAACAAAAUGAACAAAUGAAAAUGCAUGAUCAUAUGAAUAAAAAUUAUGAAAAUUUAAAAUUAAAAAAACCAGAAUUUGUAAAAACCUUUUUUGAUUUUUUAACAGAAAUCUUCUUAAUAAUAAAAAUAGGAAUUAUAUAUAGGUAUACUUAUUUUUUGAUACCAUUAAAAAAUUUAAUAAUAUAUAAUAUCCUAAAUCAAAUAGAACAUUUUUUUAUAACGAUAUUGUCAAUCCAUAGAACGAGUAGUAAACAAUAUACAGAUAUAUAUGGGAUAUUAUUAAUAGUAUUUUUUAUAUACUUUUUAAAAAUUUCGAUAAGUAAAUUAUUUCAUAGUAGAAAUAAAAAAUAUGUUGAUACUUCUAGAAAUAGAUCUAACGAAAACUUAUAUAUCGAAAAUUUACUAAAAAGAAUUUUAUUUAAUUUAGAAAAAAAUAAGAAUAUUUCUAAUUAUGAAAAUAUAUUAAAUGAUAUAUUGGAAAACACAGAUAAUAUUUUAGUAAAUAUUAAUAUAAUAAAUAAAGAAAAUAAAAAUAUAUACACAGAUAUUACUUCAAAUAUUAAUAAUAUAGGUAUUUUUACAUAUAUUUCCACUCAAGCUUUAAAAAAAAUUAACUCUAAAUCAGAUUUAAUUAUAAGUGAAUUAACAACAAAUAGAUUGAUUGAUGAUGAUAUUAAAAUGGAUAAAUUGAAAAAUAAUUUAAUAAAUGAAUUUAAUGAUAAUCAAAUAAAUAAAAUAAAAGACGAUUUCAUAGAUGAAUUUGAUGAAAAUGAUAUGGAUAAAUUAAGAUGUAAUGCAUUUAAUAAUGAUUUUGAUGAAAAUGAAAUUAAUGAUUUUUUAAAAAAAUCAGGUGAUUACGAAUUUGAUGAUAGUAUAAAUAAAGAUAACUUCAUUAAUAAUAAUAUAAAUAGUAAAAAUGAAUUUUUUCUUAAAAAUACCAUUGAUACAUUAAAUGAUAAUAAAAAAAUUGCAUUAAAUCGUGUAGAAGAUACAAGGAAAAGUGAAUAUGAUAAUUUUAAUAAUAAUCACUUAAAAGAAGAUUAUAAUAAAAAUAAUAAUUUUAAUAAUAAUAAUUCAGAUACAUUCAAUGUAAAUGAAAGUAAUGCUGUUAAAAAUAACUUAAAUGGUUAUCCUUUAAGUGAAUAUAAAAAUGAAGAAAAAACUAAUAAUUUCUUUAAUGAGGAUUUAAAUAAAAAUGAAUUAACAAAUACAAAUAAUUCUAUUAUAAAUAAAAAUAUAGAUGUAAAUAAUAAGGUAAAACCAAUAAAUAAUAUAAAUGAAUUAAAUAAAAGUUUUAACAACAUAAAUAAUAUAUAUAACUUUAAUUCAAAUAUGAAAAACAUGAUACAUACGAAAGAAACGCAUAAUUAUGAAAGUGAUUUGAUACAUAAUCAAAAUAAUUCCACUUCAUUAAAUGUAAAUUGUAAUACUACUGAAAAAAAUAUGAAUGAGGAUAUUAUUGAUAAAAUUAAAAUAAAUUCUACAAAUCAUAUAGUGGAAGAAAACCUUAAAAAUAUAAAUGAAAAUGAAUUGAAAAUGAAUCAUAAUUUAAUCAAUAACUAUACAAAUAAGGAACAAGUAAAAACAAAUGAUGAAUUAAUAAAUAGUAUAAGUAAUCCAAAUGUUCAAUAUUUUGAUCCUAUUAAAAAGAAUUCUAAUUUAACAAAUGAUAAUUUUAUGAAUAAACAGGAUUACAUGAAUAAUUAUGUUCAACCUCCAUAUUCUUUUAUACCACCUUCAUAUCAAGUAUUAGAAAAUUCAUCCAGUAGAAAUCAAAAAUAUAUUACACAAAGAAAAGAACGACAAAAAAUUGUUGCUACAAAAUCUCCUUUUAAAAAUAUUCCAUAA